AUGUCGAAGAUUAUCUUCUAUGAGGACAAGAACUUCUCUGGGUGCAAUUUUGAGUGCAGCAAUGACUGUGCGGACCUGAUGUGCGUCCUGAAAAACUGCAACUCCAUCAAGGUGGAGAGCGGCUGCUUCAUGAUCUAUGAAAAAUCAAACUACAGUGGGGACCAGUACUGCCUGAAGAGAGGAGAGUAUCCCGACAGCCAACAUUGGAUGAGUGCCAUCACCUCGGUCUGUUCCUGUCGCCUCAUCCACGCGCAGCCUGGGGCGUUCAACAUGCGCCUGUAUGAGCGUCUCGAGUUCGGAGGUAAGGUGAUGGACCUGAUGGACGACUGCCCCAGCGUCAUAGAACGCUUCCAAGUGAACGACAUCUUCUCCUGCAACGUGACCGAUGGCAACUGGCUCUUCUAUGAGCACCCUAACUACUGCGGCAGGAUGUACCUGAUAAGGCCUGGAGAGUACAAGAGGUUCAGUGAGUGGGGCGCCAGGAGCGCCAGGGUCAGCUCCAUCAAACGCAUUCUGGACUAUUGA